AUGAACAAUACUGUUUGUGAAACUAUUUCUUCUAUCCGUGGCCAAGACAAAAUUAAUGUUCAUGGUUAUAUUAUGGUCAAAGACAAACAUCACAAUGAUUCAUAUUACUGGUGUUGUGAAAAACGUGUUGCACUAAAAUGUAAUGGCCAAGCAGUUACUAAAUUGAUUGAAGGAGAACAUCAUCUUCACAAUGUUUCUGAACAUAAUCAUGCUGCAGAGGCAAGCCAAGUCAAUGUUAUAAAGACAGUUAAUGCUUUGAAAGAGAGAGCAAAUGAAACCAGUGAACUACUUGUACAAAUUAUUCAAACUGUGUCUGCUCAUAGUUCUCAUAUAAUUCACCCAUACCUUCCAACUCGUGAUGCACUCCGACAAACAAUCCAUCGAAUUCGAAGUUCUG